GCUUAUAUAUAAGAAUUGUGCGUGACCUAAAUUAAACAAUUCCUGUCUCGUCGAGUCAAAGAAACUCAAAAUGAUCAAACUAGUGUUAUGCCUGUUUGGAUUAAUAGUUGUAUCCGCUCGCCCGUCUUACAGGGACGCUAUCCCCAACGGUUAUGCUGUGUUUAAUCCAUGUGGGACAUCAUUUUGGGAAGCCGUGGGACACUAUAAUCCCGAUCACCACACAAUAGAGAAAAAUCCAUUUGCUCUGGCCUUCGCCGCUGCUGGUCACGUGUGGACCGCUGACCUCUGUCGUGCAGACUCGGAUGGAGACGGCAGGUCAAAUGGCGCGGAGUUAGGAGACCCGAACUGUGUCUGGACCGCAGGAGCUACACCUGAACGUUCAUCCACAGGUCAUCCUGGUAUUUGUGAGCCUAUUGGAUCUGGGCCCUGUGCCUCCGUAGCUUUUACCUGUGGGUGUCAGGGACAAGCCUGCGUGGGUUAAAUUGAAUCUUGUUUCUGUUGUGUGUACUUUUAUAUUAAAUUAUUUUUUGAAUUUUGAA